CCCGCCCCAUACCCAUGCGGGUGGAGGAUUUGCAUACCCAUCCCCAUACCCGCGGGUUUCGGGUACCCAUGGGUAAUACCCAUCCCCAUGUAUGCAUUACUUCUACACCUAAUAAACAACAUGCAUUCUUCAAUUAUAACACUAAAACAACCAAAUAAAUUAUAAAAUCAACAAGGUACAAUCGUUCUUAAUGCGAAAAAACAUCCAAUACUUUGUUUAAUUGUCUCUAAAUGAUCAAAGUCUACUAGACUACUUCAAAGUUCAAACACACAAAGUCGCAUUGCCUCUCCCAAAAGCAUUACAUAAAUCCCUUCUUCAUUUCUCCAUACCUACAAACACAAAAUAAAUCAUCAAGCAUUAGACACAUGAAAAGAGUAAUUGAAAACAAAGCACUAAGAAAUAGUCCUUAUAUGGUCAUACUUUAAACUCAAGAGUCGAGACAAAUUUGGACAUCAUUCAUCUUCAGAAUCAUAAUCUGAAUCAAGUGCAAGACCUACAACAAAACAAAAUAGAUUUAGAUGCACUUCAAGUCACAAGACAUUUGCUUGCUUUUGAAACCACGAGAGUUACAAAAGCUGAUUCUGAUGAAUAAAACUGAAAACAAAAGCUGAUUUUAAGAAAUUUUAUUCUUACGCUUGAAUUGAGCAAGAGAUAAAAUUGAAAACUGAUUUUCAAUAUUUGUUCUUAAAAGAAAAAAAAAGCUUCCUUUGCAACCUCAAAUCCAGAUUUGACCAUUUCGUUUUCUCAUAGUACUCCAUAAAAAAUGCACCUUUCACUGACGAAAUUUGAUCGGUGGGGGACUUGGUUUUGAUCUGGGGUUCAGUUUGAUUUUUCAAGCCUCAGGAGAAUCAAUGAAAAUCUAUUGCCCAAAGGAAGAAACGUGGCUGACCUUUGCGUGGAGCUGUGCAUGGAGCUAGCGGCGUGGAUCUGACCUUUGCGUGGAGCUGUCAAGAGGAAGAAACGUGUCGCUGUGCGUCCGUGCGUGGGCCGUGGAGCCAGCCAGCCAGGGAAAUCGAUUGUGGCCUGGGAAGUGCGGCCUCGUGAAGGUGGAGAUGGAGCGGCUCGCCGACGUGAAGUGCGGCCUCGUGAAGGUGGAGAUGGAGCGGCCACCGACGACGGCGACUUCGACGGAGUCCCGAUUCAGAACCGGCGGCGGAGGCUGUUGGAGGAAUCGAUUGUGGGACGGCUGGCCGGCUGCGGGAGUCGACGAACGACGAGCAGCAGCAAAGAAUUUGAGAAUUGGGAGAAUGAGCGGCUGCGGCUGUGAGAAAUUAGAAUGGAAUGAGCUAAUGUUUCCUUUAGGGUUUUGAUAAGAGAAAUUAUCUUUUAGUCAUCUAUAUUUAUUUCAUUUACCCUUUAUGUCAUUAAAAAUUUACAAACAGGUACUUGUAUUUUUAGCAUAUAACAAAUAAGGUUGGCGGGUUGGGUAUGGGUAUGGGUAUGGGGCGGGGGCACCUAAAACCAUACCCGCCCCAUACCCAUCAGAUUCUUCGCGGGUUUUACCCAUACCCGCCCCAUACCCAGUCAAAGCGGGGAUUCCCCGCGUUGACUGGGUCGGAGGCGGUCGGGUACCCGCGGCGAUGGGUAUGAUUGCCAUCCCUACCUGGAAACCAGCCAGCUCUGAAAAUCAAAGAAGCGACUCAUAGUCGGAUACAAAGAGAGGGCUAUCCUAGCUACCAAAUGAGCUACCCUAUUGUUCUCCCCUGUUGAAUUUUCUACGGAUUGGUUUGGAUUUGCGGUACGCUCAUUUAAAAAUUUCAGUAAAAUAUUCUAUCAGAUUUUAGAAAAGAAAAUUCAAUCAUAAACGACUAUAAUUAAUUUUCUUUCCAGGCUGCGAGGGUGAAUUGCAAACUUGGUCAUUCAUAUUAUUCAUUUAUAACACUCUAGCCACCCAAAUCAAAAACCAUUCAACUUAAUCACCGAUACUACACGUUUAUAACAUAUUUGAUCACUCGUCGUCUAGUUCCGUUAAGUCUGUCCUACAUGACAGUCAACAAAUAGGUUUGACCGUUAAAAUGCUGACGUGGCCAUUAAAAAUAAUAAAAAAAAUUAUUUUUAUUUCCACAUCAUACUAAAUUCUAAUCAAUAUUUAUUUUCAUAAAAAAAAAACUAAUCAAUAUAAAAUAUUAAUAAAGCGAGCCCACCGGCAUCGCCCUCCCCUCUCCAUCGUUGCACUUCGUCGCCCUCCCCUCCCGCUGCCUCCAUGCCAUCUGAAACCCACGAACCCAAGUAUCCCGCCGCAAAAUCAACCAAUCCUUUUUCCUCCGCAAAAUCCCCACCACCGUUGCUCCAAGCAUUCCGUCGCAAAACCGCGAUCCUCCCAAUCGUCCCGACGAAUUAAACCCAACGACGACGAACAGAAGGUGCAAUUGAUGGGGUCCCAGCUCUAAUUCACAGUUGCAUUGACGAGGAGCUUCUCUGGCUCCACGAAGAGUAGCGGGGGGCUGCGUGAGGAGAAUCGGUGGCUCUGGGAAGAGCAGAGGUGGCUUCGCGAGCAGGAGUCCCUGUUGAGCGAAAUUUCGUCGCUGAAGCUCCAAAUCCAGCUCUUAGAGAAGAGGAUUUCGGUUGCCAGGGUCGACGCGGUGCCUGCGAGUGUCGAUGCGCUCACUCCUUUUCUUAAUCGAAUCGCUGAAAACUCUCAGAUCUAGAAACCAACCGUCGUGUUUUGGUGAUUUUAUUGGUUCUUCAGGUUCUGGAACUGGCCGGGAACGCCGCGGGGGACAAUAAAGCAACGGAGAUUCCAAUUCCCGAAGGUGGCGUGGAGGAGUUUCGGUUUACGGUGCUGAUGGGCUGAAUGGUUUGGGAUGGAAUCGUGGGUCUGUGGAAACAAAGAUGGUGGAAUUGGGGAACUGGGGAGCCGGAAAGAAGGUGGGAAUAGCUAACUUCUUAUCAUAAAUAAUAUUGUAAUUGAAAAUUGUGAGCUGUAUUAGAAUAUAAAAUUUAAAAUUUA